AUGUCGCAGAGUACGUUCUAUUCUACCCCUCUUAUUCACGUUCACUUCCCUUUCCUACCUUCGCGGGGCUCUCGACUAACACCCCUCCCCCCUCCUCCCAGACACCAACGAGACCGCUCCAACAUCUUCUGCAUCCCCCCUCUCAUCGGCCCCCUGCUCUUCGACAACACCGACAGCGAUGCCCGCGAUCACUGCGCAAACGAGCGUACAUUCCUCUCCUAUCUCCGCCUAUCCCUCUACAUGUCCAUAGUAGCAGUCGCUAUCGUCAUUUCCUUCCAUCUAAAAUCUAAGCCCACGCCUCUCGAACUGCGCAUGGCGAAGCCCCUGGGCAUCAUAUUCUGGGUUCUCAGUGUAGCUUGUUUGUGUUUGGGGACUGGGAAUUAUGUCAAGACGGUUAAUAAGUAUUCGAGACGAGCGGCGAUUGUGCAGACGGGGUGGAAGACUCAGAGUGUUUUGACGGUGGUGGCUUUUGCUAUUGGUGCCGUUUGCAUACUUUUCCUGGCGACGAAUUCGAAGAGAUAUUGA